AUGAAUGAAGCCGCUGGAAUUCAGUCCGGCCUACAAGCACCUCAAGCUCUCCAAAAACAGGAGCAACUUGACCCCAUGCCAGUUCUGGUUGGCAGCCCACUGUCUUCAGCGCAAGAGCGGGCCCAGGGAGAGCUCGAUGCCGCCGCAGCAUUGCUGAGUCUCAUCGGUAGUCAAUAUGCUCCUGGACAUUUUGCUUCAGGUGCAAGGCAAAGCACCUCUUCGGAGGUGCUGCAGCAGAGGCGACGGACACGCCGAAUGGAACAGAAGGUGCAACGAGAGCGGUCGUCGAUGCAGCGACAGCUGCUCCGGCUGAAGCAGCAAAUCAAGAGCGAACGGCGGCUCCGGCAACAGCUCCAGGCCCAAAUGCAGAAGGCGCGGAAACAUCAAGCGCACCAGCAGCCUCGGCAGCAGCAGCAGCAGCAACAGCAGCAGCAGCAGUAUUUGCCUCAACAGCAGGCGCACUCGCCGCAGCGGCCCCUGCAUCAACCGCAACCGCCGCCUUUGCUUCAGCACGACCAGGAGAAGCGGCAGCGCUUGAUGCAGCAGCAGGAACAGCACGUGAUGCCUGUUGAGGAAGGCACACGGCAGCACACGCAGCGUAAGAGGAGGAGGGAACAGCAAGGGGAGCUGCAGCCGAGGGAAGAGGAGCAGCAUCAGUCGUGGCAACAUGGUAAUCAGAUCCCAGGGCAUUUGAUGGAAGAUGAAUGGCUUGAACAGGAGAAUUCAAUUGUUCACGCGCCUCAGCCGAGCACCUCUCAGCAGGCGUUGCAGCAUUCAACUGCUGGAGCAGCAGCACGCCGCUCAACGUCCGAGGACCGCAGCACCCAGGUUAUUCCGUUGGAGUUAGCAGAUAAUGCUGCGACAUCUGCGUCUGCGUCUGAUGGCUCAUCAAGGGAUAGUGCUGAUAUAGCUCCUGCAGCCGGUCCUGCAGCAGGGGCUGCAGUAGCAAGCGCAGGGGAUGCGCGUGAGUUGCAAGCUGCCGUCUCGUCCGCUGAUGAGUCGCCGACACAGGGAGCAAGCAUGAACAUAGAAAUGAGGACCGUUCUUGGUUUGCACACUCAUGGAAGUGCUGACAGUACUGGAGCAGCAGCUGCUGGAACAGCAGCAACAGCAGCAGCAAGUUCCGCCAUAGCCGCAUCUAGUUCAACUUCAGCAAGCAGUACGCUGCUAGAGGAGAGGGCUUCUGACCCUGAUGCAGAAUUGGCGCGUGUCACAGCGGGUAUGAUAGAGUACGCAGUGAACCAUCAUCGUCUGGACCUGACACAUUUCCAGCCCAGCCGCGCACUUGACAGGAUGGGGAUGCGUUUUCUUUUGAUGGAUGCUGUGGUUUCUGCCUUUAUAGUUCUCGGGCAGACACCGCGAGCUCGAGAUUGGAAGAUUUUCACAGAUUCCAUCGGCCACGGCCAUCCCGCGGGAUAUUUCCUUGGAAGGCGGCCAGGACGUGUGACAUCCGGCUCCUUUCUGGGUCGGGACCUCAGCAGGGCAAUACAAAUGCUAAAGGCGGGAAUAAGGCCGGCACCAGCAGACCUCGUAAACCUCAAGAGAGCGCUCAUUUGCUCGCCGUCCUCUCCUGCGCGUUUUAGAAAGCCGGAUUUCGAUCGCUGGAGGGAGGAUGACGUUAGUCCCACUCCUGGGCAGUAG